AACAAAAGUUAAGAUAGAAUACUUUUGUUUGAGAUAAUAGUAGUUGGUUUGGUAUUAAAAAGAGACGAAUGUUAGGCUAUUACAGCGCAAAGUCUCUAUCAUCAUAAGAAGAAAAAAAAUCAAACGGACGUAAAACAGUUAGAAUCUCUGCAGAUGAUUCAUGAUCCUAGGUCCGAUGAUUCAUGAUCCAGUUCUAAAAGAAUAGGUCCCCAGUUCGCUUGACCACCCGCGUUGCAUUUCAGUUGUUAGAGGUGAAGAGAAGUGGUUUGGUUUUAUCCGAUCUGAUAGCGCAGCAGAAAACAUCAUCUACGAUGUCGCUAUACCCGUCGCUGGAGGAUAUGAAGGUGGACCAGAUGAUGCAGCUGCAGAACAGGGUCGUAGCUGCAGCGGCCGCCCAACAGCAACAGCAGCAUAACCAACCAUCGGCCCCAGGUGUUAAAGUCCCUCCGGCUUACAGUUUGUAUCCGAGUUUCAAUGAAACGGAUGUGCCAGAAAAACACGAUGGUGUCAUGGUCAAUGAUGGCGGCCUCAUGUAUCCCGAUCUGCACGAGUACAUGGGGUUGGAACUUUCGAAGGAAAUGAUCGAGGCAAAUCUCUCGCAGUAUCUACCAGCGCAAACGCAGGCCGCUUCCAACGCCAUCGCUCCCCAACAGUCGAUGGUUGCGGUUGUGAACAAUGCAAACAUGGUCGCACCCAUUACCGGUGGCUUCGUGGGGCUUCAGCGUGGUCAGGUGACGAAUGGCAUUCGGGAGCUCAUACUCUGCAAGGGUGGCGACAAGAAAGUUGGCCUCCGAGUACAGGCCAUCAACAAGGGUGUGUUCGUUUGCCUCGUCGUGAAGGACAGCCCUGCGGCAAUGGGCGGUUUGAGGUUCGGGGAUCAAAUUUUGCAAAUCAACGGAAAGCUCGUGGCCGGAUUUUCGGUGGACGAUGUUCACAAGCUGCUGAAGAAGAGUGACAAUAACAACAUUUCGAUUGUGGUGCGCGAUCGACCACUUGAGCGUGCCAUCACGAUGCACAAGGACUCGUCAGGAACGUUUGGGUUCCAGUUUAACAACGGGAAGAUCACCGCCAUCGUGAAGGACUCGUCGGCGGCUCGUAACGGCCUACUGAUCGACCAGCAACUGCUGGAAGUGAACGGUCAAAACGUGAUCGGUAUGAAAGAUAAGGAAAUAACAAAACUUAUCAGUGCUUCCGAACGCACGAUCACUCUGACAAUCGUACCGAGCGUCAUCUACGACGUUAUGAUGAAAAAGCUGUCCACGUCUUGGGUUCGCGGAAAGAUGGAUCACUCCAUUCCGGACUUUUAAGUUUCAGAUCUGCCUUCGAGAAAGAGCGAGAGUGAU